CUCUGAAGAUUCCUGCCGUUUAGGGAAUCUCUGGGUUCUGGAGAUCGAAGAAGUGAGUUGUGCGUCGAAUCAGGCAGUCCUUCAGUGGAACAGGGAGGCAGAGAAACUCCGCUGCUUGCAACUAUGGAUGCUAAGAAACAUGUAGCCAAUUUCGGUGCAGGACCUGCUAAACUGCCGCGGUCGGUAUUAUUGGAAGCCCAGAAAGAAUUGGUGGAUUAUAAAGGCCUUGGCAUUAGCGUCCUUGAAAUGAGCCACAGGACAUCUGAUUUUUCAAAAAUCAUCAAAACAGCUGAAAACUGCUUACGUGAACUCCUCAACAUACCAGGCAAUUACAAAGUGAUAUUUCUCCAAGGUGGUGGAUCUGGCCAAUUUAGUGGCAUUCCCCUUAACCUCAUUGGGCUUAAAGAAGCCAGGUGUGCUGAUUAUGUGGUUACAGGAGCUUGGUCAGCCAAGGCAGCAAAGGAGGCAGAGAAAUACGCAAAGGUGAACCUGGUGCAUCCCAAACUUUCAAGUUACACAAAAAUCCCUGAUCCAAGCACCUGGAACCUUAACCCUGAUGCUUCUUAUAUCUAUUAUUGCGCAAACGAGACCGUUCAUGGUGUGGAAUUUGACUUUGUACCUGAUGUUGGAAAAGCAGUCUUAGUUUGUGAUAUGUCAUCAAACUUUCUCUCCAGACCAGUGGAUGUUUCGAAGUUUGGUGUUAUUUUUGCUGGUGCCCAAAAAAAUGUUGGUUGUGCCGGAGUCACAGUGGUAAUAGUGCGUGAGGACUUACUUGGCUUUGCUCUGAAAGAGUGCCCCAUUGUGUUGGACUACAAAGUGCAAGUAGAAAACUCUUCAUUAUAUAACACACCUCCAUGCUACAGUAUCUACAUCAUGGGCUUGGUCUUGGAGUGGAUAAAAAACAAUGGUGGUGCUAUGGCUAUGGAUAAAUUCAGCCAAAUUAAAUCGCAAAUGAUUUAUGACAUUAUUGACAAAUCUAAUGGAUUCUAUGUAUGCCCUGUGGAAAAAAAGAGCAGAAGCAGAAUGAAUGUUCCCUUCCGGAUUGGCAGCAUUAAGGGUGAUGAAGCUCUAGAAAAGGAAUUCCUUGAUAAAGCUGUAGAAAACAACAUGAUAUCUCUGAAAGGCCACAGAUCUGUGGGUGGAAUCCGUGCAUCUUUGUAUAAUGCUGUGACCAUGGAAGAUGUUGAGAAGCUAGCAAUGUUCAUGAAAAGCUUCAUGAAGAUGCAUCCAAAACAAACCUAAGAAGCUGGCAUCGUGGUGAACCACUUUUGAAAUAAAAUAGCAAAGAAUUAGAAGCUAGAGAAAGUUAAUGUAAAAUAUUCAAUAGCAUAAGUCAUGUUUUUGAAACAAAGUUUUUGAUAUUUUUUCUGGCCAGUCAAAUAUACAUAGCAGUUUUGGCUGACUUGAAGACAGCCAAACUCCACAUUUGGCCCUAAAAGAGUGCUUACGUUUCUGUGACCGUUCAGUGGUCCAUAAAAGGAUUGGUAAGCUUUUAAUUUUUAAACAGAUUAUAUCAGUCAUAAGAUACUAAGAAUUCUCUGAAACUUACAGUUUCAAUGCCAGAUGCAAUCCAAUCUUGUAUAAAAUAUAUUUAAGUAUACUUUGUUACAUUUUCCUGAUGUUUGUUUCUUCCUUGAUUUAUUUAAUUUAAAAUUUAAAUCUUAAGACUGCCAUAAGCUUGAGCUGGAGACUUUUUCAAUGUCUGAUCAUUCCAAGUACACAUCACUAACAGUGCCUAAGGAAAUUACUGCCAGUCAUGCAGACCACAGGCCUCAAUCUGGCAAAUAUUUUGAAACAAUAUACCUAAUGAGUUUUAAAGACCUGGCUCUAUUGCUGUUUUCCAACUGUUAGCACAUAGUUAACUACACCAGGGUGCAGGAUUUUUUUUCUUUUAAAAUAGACUGAAAAUAUUGAUUUAAAUCAUUUUGGCAAUCUCAGAUUAUCAGCCCAAAAGUAAAAAUUCCUUUCCUAUCCUCUUCUUUUUUGAAGUCUACAUCACUUUCAUGUUUUUAUAAGGCUGAAUUGACUCGACACGUUUCCCCUUAUUGAUUACUUUUGGUCAGAUGUAUAAUUUUGCUUUAUCAGAAGAGGCAGCUGAAGUAAACUGGGGCUAGGUAUGUUCUGCACACUUAACUGAUAGAAUCAAACAAUGAAAAGAUUGGAAGAAACCAUGGAGAUCCCCAGUGCAGAUCCCCAGUUCCCUCCCCAGUGCAGAGAUCCUUCCUUCAGCCCUGCAUGAUCUCCAUGUAGGAGAGUUCGCAUCUGUGAAACAACUCAUACUGUUUAAUAUUGAAUGUCCUCCUCAUAUAUUGUGAUCUUUAUAUGUUUCCCAUAUUUAUAGCUUGUUUUCAGGUUCUCUCUCAGCCCAAUAAUGUUUCUCUUAAAGUUAACUAAAACAAUUAGUUCCUCAAAACAAAUUCAUCAUAUUGUUAAUUCAUAACACUGAGCAAUCUCUCCCCAGCUGCUUUUUAUAAAAAUAGCACAUUAUAAGUAGGAGCAUUAAUUGGUUGCCUGAUCAUUUUCCAUCUCCUUAAAAUUGAAGCUUAUCAAACAGGGAACAGAAUUUCCACCUUAAUGCAGAAUUUUACCACAUUCAAUAUGAAUACAGAACCAUUUUUGGGUAGAAGGCCAUAUGUGAGUCAUGGGAGAUGCAUUGAACACUAUAUGUAGGUGGGGAAAGUGUCCAUCUCCAGAGUAAGCUAUAUUUUUCUUAAUUUUAACCCAGUUUUAAUCAGAUGAUACAUCUCUCCAAUCACAUCUAGGUUUAAAGUUACAUUUUGAGGGAUCUUCUGUCUUCCAUAGUAUCCGUCUGUCCUGACAGUUGACAUGCUUUAGGUAUUUCAAUUAAAAAGUAUCUAAUGUCGCGGUGCCUGCCAUCUGGAACAGCAUUCCCCCCCAGAUUUGUAUUGCCCCUUCCCUGGCCUUGUUCAAACCUGGCAUUUCAAACCUGGCUCUUCACCCAGCCUUGGAUUAGGCUGAGUAGUAGGCUCUUCGUGGGAAUGCUGUAUAUUUGAGGAGGUGUUGGUUUUACUCUUUUCAGAUGUUUGCCAUUUUCUUUUCUCAGUGUUGUUAAUUUGCUUUUAAUAUUGUACGCUGCCCAGAGUCACUAUGAAGUCAGUCAGCUUUACAAGUGUGAUAAAUACAUUUUAAAGGAGAAUUGACUGCUGUUGAGACUAAAACUGCACAACAUUCCUUCAGAAGCUGCAUUGCGCACCAUUCUGUACAGUAUUAACAUUAUUUAAACAUCUUUACUAUACUUAAUAAUAUUCCUUGUUUAUUUCUCGGUAUAAUGCCUGAAAUAGAUGUCCUCAUACCCAUUUAAAGGACAUAGGUGUGUCUGCUGAUUCUAAAAUAGCAAUGUUUUAUUUUUUUGUAUUGCACCAUUAAUUGACAAAUAAUAAAAAACUUAAAAUAGC